AUGUCCCUGAUGCUUCCUAAUCUGUCCGAUUUUGGCGAUCUAAGCACGCAAGCCUCGCCAUCGAAAGCUCGUGCCGAGGCUCUCGAAGUGCACUCAUGGUCUAUGGUUUUGACAUGGCUGUCAGCAUUGUACCAUCCAUCACCAAUCCCGUCAUUCGAGCGCAAUGCAGCCACACUCAAGGCAUUGCAAAGCCUGAUGACAGAGAACGUCGCCGCAGACAAACUUCGCGAUCUUCUCUUCCAGGCUCAACUAGAAGAACUGAAGGUUUCACAAGUCAGCUCGUCAAUUCCAGCGGACGACCGCCCCAACUCUUUGCUCCGUCUUCUCAACUCUUCACUCGCAAAGCCAGCAGAAUCAGCGCUCGAAUCAUUGGCCAGCUCAGCCAUCCUGCUCGGAUGUCCAACAUCGAACACGGACAAGUCUAUGGUUGACAAUCUCUCCACCCAGAUCCUCAAGAUGCCACACGACAUAUUCGAGCUUGAAACGCAACUCUCGUCUAUCAACGGUCUCGUCUCCGAUCUUCAGACGGAGAUGAACCAGCUACAGACACCAGUAGUCAGGCAUCAAGAUGAUUAUCAACCAGAAAAUGACGAAUCGGCAUCGGCUCUAGAAGUACUACCCUCCACACCAGGCUUCCCGACGUACACAGCGAUCAAUUACUCCCAACUCCAUGCGCAGACGCUCCAGCAUCAGCGGGAAACGAAGCAACUGCUGCUCAAACGCUCCGAGUACGAGGAUCGAGUUACCGCUUUGCAGCGACAAGCAGCCUCCCGGUCCAUCGCGGGUCCAACCUUUGCAGACUUAGCUUCGAAGCAAGGAGACAUCGAUGCGAAAGAAAGAAGAGUUGAGACGCUGGAGAAAGCGAUCCGCGAGUUCAACGGACUGCCCCCGGACGUUGACGUGUCAAGGGCCGAAGUGCAAAGGGCUCAAACGGAACUGGAUACGUUGAAAAGAAUCAGGGAUGAACUGUUUCAGAGCUUGGGUGGUUGA